AUGGGAUCUGGUAGUUCUGGAAAUGCCAACUACAAGUACUCCCUGCAGAAGUCUGAAAAUGCUUUCAAGGCAGCUGUCUUGAUCCAGCAGUGGUAUCGGCGCUAUGUUGCUCGCCUGGAAAUGCGCCGACGUUGCACCUGGAGAAUCUUUCAAUCCAUAGAGUAUGCUUGUGAGCAGGAUCAGAUCAAGCUUCACAACUUCUUCACUUACCUCAUGGAUCACUUCACACCAAGCAGCAGCAAAGAGAGGGAUUUCAUCAGUCGCAUGUUCAUCAGUGGGGAAAGCUUCAAAGAGGCAGAGCUGGAGAAGUACUGUGACUAUGAAUCCAUAGAGGUGCCAGACUCCUACACCGGACCCCAUCUCUCUUUCCCGCUCCUUCCUGACCAUGCCACUGCCUUGCUGGAAGCUUUCAAACAGAAACAACAGCUCCAUGCUCGCUAUGUCUUAAACCUCCUGCAUGAGACCAGGAAGCAUCUCAAGCAGUUGCCAAACAUCAGCCAUGUCUCCACGUGCUACAGCGAGGAGGUCACCGUGUGCGGAGACUUACAUGGCCAGCUGGAUGAUUUGUUCCUCAUCUUUUAUAAGAAUGGCCUUCCUUCCCCUUCUAAGUCCUAUGUGUUCAACGGGGACUUUGUAGACAGAGGCAAACAGUCCCUUGAGAUCCUCAUCAUCCUCUUCACCUUCCUCUUGAUCUAUCCAAACGAGGUUCACCUCAACCGUGGGAACCAUGAGGACCACAUGGUCAACUUACGCUAUGGUUUCACUAAGGAAGUAAUGCAUAAAUACAAGGUGCAUGGGAAGAAAAUCUUGAAGAUGAUCCAGAAUGUCUUUUGCUGGCUCCCCCUUGCCACCCUGAUUGAUCAGAAAGUCCUCAUUAUACAUGGGGGCAUCUCUGACACCACUGACCUGGAUGUGCUUGAGAAAAUUCACAGGAACAAAUUUGUUUCUGUAUUGAGAGGGAAGAAAAGAAAGAAGUCAAAUAGAAACGUGGAAAUACAGGAAACAAAUGAGGAGAGCAAAGCGGAGGCUGACCCAGCAGGGAAUGAGGCAGCUCGCAGUUUACCUCCCUCCCCCCAACCAGCCCAGGCUCCCAGCACAGCCAACAGGCUGGAGUUCUCCAGGUGGGUCCGGCAGACGGUGCAGGAGCAGAUCGAGUGGUGCCGCCGGCUGGUGGACAUCAGUGACUCAGAGGAGGAGGAGCUCACCUACGCCAGCAUGGUCUCCUUAACAGAUCUGGAUGGGCCGAGCCAGACUCGCCAGGAGGACUGGAAGCAGCUCUUAGACAUUCUCUGGAGUGACCCCAUGCCUCAGGAAGGCUGCAUAGUAAACACAGUGCGAGGUGGUGGCUGCUACUUUGGGCCUGACGUGACAAGGAAGAUCCUUGAGAAGUACAACCUGCAGUUCCUCAUCCGCUCCCACGAGUGCAAGCAAGAGGGCUACGAGUUCUGUCACAACCGGAAGGUCCUGACCAUAUUUUCAGCCUCAAACUACUAUGAGAUUGGCAGCAACAGGGGAGCCUACGUGAAGCUGGGGCCAGACCUCGUCCCCCAUUUUGUUCAGUACCAAGCCAACAAGGCAGCCCAUACUCUCACUAUGACCCAAAGAAUCAGCAGAGUAGAGGAGUCAGCCUUUCGAGCUUUGCGGGAGAAGCUCUUUGCUCACACUUCAGCCCUCAUCAGCGCGUUCAAGGCCUAUGAUACGGACAAUACAGGAAGGAUCACGCUGAGCAACUGGGCAACAGCAGUGGAGUCAGUCUUGCACUUGGGAUUGCCCUGGCGAAUGCUGAGGCCACAACUGGUGAGCAGCACAGCAGAUGGCAUGCUGGAAUACAAGUCCUGGCUGGAUGACUUGGCCAUGGAGCGGCGGAGCAAAGAGCACAUCCAGACAAGCUUGCUGGAAGUCAUUUAUCGAAACAGAUCCAACCUGGAGACUAUAUUCAGGAUCAUUGACAGAGAUCAUUCAGGUCUCAUCUCGUUUGAGGAAUUCCACCAAACCUGGAGGCUGUUCAGCUCCCACAUGAACACUGAACUCAAGGAUGAUGGAAUCAAUGACUUAGUUCGCAGCAUUGAUUUCAAUAAGGAUGGAAACAUUGACUUCAAUGAGUUCCUAGAAGCCUUCCGCCUUGUCAAACAGUCACAGUAGUGAGAACCUGGUGUGGGUUGCCACCUUCAAUGCCUUGACUGCCCGUGAAGCCAGGACUGCCCCCCACCUAACAGCAGAGCGUGCCUGCAAAUGUGGAGAAAGGCAAGGCAGAUACCUGGAGCACUUCUUGGUUGAAAACAGUGACUGCUAUAGCCAACAGCAGUGAUCCAUUAUGGAAAGGGAACAGGUAAAAUAGAUAAGCUGCACUUCAAAUCUGGCCAUUUUUAAGAAGGAUCUGUUUCAAGUAGAGCUUCCUGCUCAAAGGGAAGGUACAAUUUAGCUUAUCUUGUCAAUACAUGUGAUAAAAUGUUACAGGUCUACUUCCAGUGUAGUAAAAUGGAAGUAUUUCUUGUAGGUAGUGUUUUA